AUGGGGAAGCCGGAGGCGAGGAGUGGGUGGAGGAACGCGGCGGCGGCGGCGUGGGUGCUGGUGGCCGUGGCGUGCGCGGCGUACAUGCACUGGCACCUGCGGCGGGAGACCAUGGACCGCGCCGAGGAGCGGCUCGUCAGCAUGUGCGAGGAGCGGGCGAGGAUGCUGCAGGAGCAGUUCGGCGUCACCGUCAACCACGUCCACGCCCUCGCCAUCCUCAUCUCCACCUUCCAUUUCGAGAAGUUCCCGUCCGCCAUCGACCAGGAUACAUUUGCAAAGUACACGGCAAGGACAUCGUUUGAGCGCCCACUGCUGAAUGGAGUGGCAUAUGCGCAGCGUAUCUUCCAUCACGAGAGGGAAAUGUUUGAGAACCAGCAGGGAUGGAUUAUGAAGACGAUGAAGCGACAGGCUGCGCCUCCACAGGAUGAGUAUGCCCCAGUGAUUUUUUCACAGGAUACGGUUUCCUACCUUGCACGUAUCGACAUGAUGUCUGGGGAGGAGGACCGGGAAAACAUCUUACGUGCAAGGGCUACCGGCAAAGCUGUGUUGACAAACCCAUUCAGGUUGCUUGGGUCAAACCACUUGGGGGUAGUUCUCACUUUUGCUGUGUAUCGCCCUGGUCUAGCUGCUGAUGCAUCAGUUGAGGAGCGUGUGGAAGCAACUGCUGGAUAUCUUGGUGGAGCUUUUGAUGUGGAGUCACUCGUGGAAAAUUUGCUGAGUAAACUUGCUGGCAAUCAGGAUAUUGUAGUGAAUGUGUAUGAUGUCACAAAUGCUUCUGAACCUAUGGCCAUGUAUGGUCCUCAAAGUCCAGAUGGUAAAGUGUCCCUCUUCCAUGUGAGCACGCUUGACUUUGGUGAUCCUUUCAGGGCGCAUGAAAUGAGGUGCAGGUAUAGGCAAAAGCCUCCUCUGCCAUGGUCUGCUAUCACUAAUCCUUUGGGAACUUUUGUUAUAUGGAUGCUUGUGGGGUAUAUAAUUUGUGCCGCAUGGUCUCGCUAUGAUAAAGUUUCAGAGGAUUGUAGAAAGAUGGAAGAGCUCAAAACUCAAGCGGAAGCUGCUGAUGUUGCUAAGUCCCAGUUUCUGGCAACUGUAUCCCAUGAGAUCAGAACACCUAUGAAUGGCGUCCUUGGAAUGCUCGACAUGCUCUUGGGGACAGAUCUGAGUAUGACUCAGAAGGAUUAUGCUCAGACAGCCCAGAUGUGUGGCAGAGCAUUGAUAACACUGAUAAAUGAUGUACUUGAUCGGGCUAAGAUUGAAGCAGGGAAAUUGGAGCUUGAGGCAGUGCCAUUUGACCUGCGGUCUCUCAUGGAUGAUGUGAUCUCCUUAUUUUCUUCAAAAUCAAGAGAGAAGUGCAUUGAGCUUGCAGUGUUUGUAUGUGAUGAUGUUCCAAAAGUUGUUAUUGGAGAUCCAUGGAGAUAUCGACAAAUACUGACAAAUUUGGUGGGAAAUGCAGUCAAAUUCACAGAACGGGGCCAUGUAUUUGUGCGAGUCUGCCUGGCUGAGAACUCAAAAGUGGAAGCUAAUCAAGUCCUUAAUGGAACCAUGAAUGGGAAAGACGGCAAAGUUGAGACUACAGCUAAUGGCGCCUUCAAUACUUUGAGUGGUUUUCAAGCCGCAGAUGAGCGCAAUAACUGGGAUUAUUUUAAGCUGCUGCUAUCUGAUAAAGAGCCCCAUAUGGAUGAGCUUGAGUGCGACAGAUCUUAUCAAAAUGAUUGUGACUGUGUGACCUUGAUGAUAAGUAUUGAGGAUACAGGUGUUGGGAUCCCAUUACAUGCACAAGAUCGUGUUUUUACGCCUUUCAUGCAGGCUGAUAGUUCAACUUCAAGGAACUAUGGUGGAACUGGCAUUGGUUUAAGCAUCAGCAAAUGUUUAGCUGAACUUAUGGGCGGUCAAAUAAGUUUCACUAGCCGUCCAUUUGUUGGGAGUACAUUUACAUUCUCAGCUGUCCUCAAGCGCUCAUGCAAAGAUACUUCAAGUGAUUCAAAGAGGAGCUUAUCUGAGGCACUACCAACUGCCUUUAAGGGAAUGAAGGCUAUUUUAGUAGAUGGGAGACCUGUACGUGGAGCUGUCACACGAUAUCACCUUAACAGGUUGGGAAUAGUUGUUAAAGUUGUGAAUAAUUUGAGUAUGGGGCUUCAGACUUUAGCUGGACAAAAUGGUGUGAAAGAGUCCAGGGAGAAACUGUCUAUGCUUUUUAUAGAGAGUGACAUCUGGAGGCCUGAGACAGAUAUCCUAUUAUUGAAUCGUCUGCAUGAGCUAAAGAAUAAUGGUCAGGUGCAUGAGUUGCCGAAGCUAGUUCUUUUGGUAACAUCAGAAGCUGACAAGGACAGAUAUGGAUCCGCAUUUGAUAUUGUGAUGUAUAAACCUAUAAGGGCAAGCACAAUUGCUUCUUGCCUUCAACAGUUGCUAAAAGUAGUGAUGCCUGAAAGGAAAGACAAUCAAAAUAGGCCCUCAUUUCUCCGCAGCUUGCUGAUUGGGAAGAAUAUAUUGAUUGUAGAUGAUAAUAAAGUCAAUCUCAGGGUUGCUGCAGCUGCGCUCAAGAAAUAUGGUGCCAAAGUUCAUUGUGUUGAAAGCGGCAAAGAUGCAGUCUCCUUACUUCAACAACCACACUGCUUUGAUGCAUGCUUUAUGGAUGUUCAGAUGCCAGAGAUGGAUGGGUUUGAGGCAACUAGACAAAUAAGGCAAAUGGAGGUAAAAGCAAACGAGGAAAGGAAGGCGUUGGAUUUAAUGGAGGGUUCAACAUUCGUCGAGUCCCAUUUGCCUGUUCUGGCAAUGACCGCGGAUGUCAUUCAGGCGACAUAUGAAGAAUGUAUAAAAUCGGGAAUGGAUGGUUAUGUGUCCAAACCUUUCGACGAGGAGCAGUUAUACCAAGCUGUCUCCAGAUUAGUGGUGGGAACGAAGGAAUCAGCGGUAUGAUGAUGGUCUGGCUAGUGGAACAGAUCUGAUGUGCCAUCAGUUGAAAGCAUUGCCAUCUCGCUGCUGUCAAGCUGACUCUAACUCAUACAUACAUCUGACAUGAGAAUUUUUCACCGAGAGUAGAUGAAAGGUUGCAAGCACUUUGAGCUAGUGAACUUCGUUCAACCAAGGCAGGUGCAUGACAGUUGAGGUUUCUGGUGCAGCUCAAGGGAGUGGAGUGAGUGAUAGUAGAUAGAUCCCUGUAGUUUUGUUUUUCCUUUGCUGUUGAUAGGUAGAGGUGUUGUAUGUUCAUUCUUUGGAAAUAUCUCGUCUUUGUGCCAUACUGUCAAGUUCCAGAAACCCCUGGGAGGAAAAAAAAAAGUGCUCGACCACCAUUUGAGCUGUCUCCUGACUCCUGUUUGCAUAUGCCCAUGGAAGAUUCGAUGAAAUGUUUCCCUUCCUCCGCCAA